GAAUCCUCUUGGACCUUUGCUUAAGAGUUGGGACGUGAAAAAAGGAACAGCAGCCAGGUCCAAAGAACUGAAACCCACAGAGGUCCCAGAAGACUUCCAUUUCCGUACGCUAUCUUCCUAUCCUUACCCCGAAAAAUAAAUAAAAUAAAAUAAAAUAAAAAUAAUUUUCUUGUCUUCUUCUUCUCCUCCAACCCUCUCAUUCCAUCUCUGUUUGUCUCCAUUCCCAUCAUAUCUUCUUUUGCCUUCCCAUGGCGACCUCACCAUCGCCAUCGCGACCACCAGUUCUCGACGUGUGCACAGUCUUCUCCGAAACAAAGCGCAUAAUCAACGCUCACUCUCGUCACUUCCUCGCUCUCUCCGUCCUCUUCAUCCUUCCACUCAGCUUCUCCUUCGUCGUCUUCCCAACUCUCCAGGACCUCCUCAUCGAUCCCAUCCCCAACAACUCUCAAAUCUUCACGGCUCUUACUGAUUUCGUUCCUCAACUAGAAUUACAAGACCAACCCACUGUCUCCGCCAAGACCCUUUUCCUUGCUUUGGCUUAUUCCGUCCUCACCUUCGUCUUCUCUCUCUGUGCCAUCGGAUCGAUCACUUACAGUGUCUUCCAUGGCUUCUAUGGCCGACCCGUCAAGCUCGUCUCCGCUAUCAAAUCCAUCUUCUUCUCCUUCUUCCCUCUUUUGGGUACCCUUAUUGUUGCCCAGAUCAUCGUUUUUGCGAUCGCAAUUCUUUUCGCCAUCUUCUUGUUCCUGGUGAUUACAGGAAUCGAUUUUUUGGGGUUUGAGACUGAUUUAUCUUCGCCUUAUGUACUUGUAUUGUUUGUGAUUCUUAUGAUUGUUCUGAUUUCGGUGUUGUUGUAUCUGCAAACGAUUUGGAACCUGGCGUUUGUGGUCGUGGUGCUGGAAUCGAGCUGGGGUCUGCAACCGUUGAGGCGGAGUGGGAAUUUGCUUAAAGGGAUGAGAAGGGUCGCUUUUUCGAUGAUGUUGUUUUUCGUAUCUUUCGCAGCGAUUUCCCUUUUAGCUUCGUUUUCGACUGUCCGUGUGGUUGGUGUUUCCGAUGGGUGGAAGAGUUGGCAAUUUGUUGUGGAAAUCGUUGGGACUUCGAGCUUUCUGACUUUGGUUAUGCUUUAUAAUUUCGCUGCGAAUACGGUGCUUUACAUGUACUGCAAAGCCAUUCAAGGGGAGCUUGCUUUUGAGAUCGUUGAGGAGUUUGCAAGAGAAUAUGUUUGCUUGCCCUUUGAUGAUGAGAAAGUUCCUCAUGUUGUCUCUGUUGUGUAUACUUGAUCAUGAGUAUAUGAGGUUAGUCAAACUCUGUAAUGCUCAGCCAACUAUCUUCUCCUUUAGUUGUUCUGGUGGUUCUUUUAUCUUUGUUGUCACUUGUUUGUGUUGUUUAUAUUAGAAAACUGUUAAAUGUAUGAAAAGAAAAAAGGGACAAAGUUUUCAUGAAUGUUAUGUAUGAAAAUUUGUGAAUAUAAAGAUUUCUUUUUCUUUUUUAA